AGCAGGAAGUUGCUAGAAGCACGAGGAGCAGCACAUUUGAAUUUAACAGCUUAACGGACACACAGGAAUAUUUUUGUUUCGCAUCCUCGAUGUCAAGGAAAUAUGACAACAUCAUCCCUGUUCACCGAGGUUUGUCUGCACCUCCUCUAUAACGCAAGAUAUACCAGGCCUGUAAUCACCCACACCUGCUCCCAGUUACACUCCUGCUCUCCAUUAGCCCCAAUCACAGCCAGUACAUAAGCACACCACUCACCUCAGUAUGUGUCCAACCAUGUUCAUAUGUUGGACUCUACAUGCCAUUCAGCAAUCUAACUCCAGCACCUACUUUACCCCAGCGAUCUUCCUCCUCCAGCGACCUUCAUCCCCGUCCUCAACACUUCACUCUCAUCAUACCCGCUCUCUCUCUGGUUGUACUUCAAUAAAGAGCAUUCUUGGUCAACCCGGUGUCCCCUUCACCAGCUGCCUCUUUCAGUCCCUGCUGGAUCGCAGCAGCCAUCACUUCCUGCGGGAUGGCGGCAGCUCCUCUAUGUCCCGCCGCCGCCGGCCCCCAGCUCUGUGGCCCAGCCGCUGCCGGCCCCCAGCUCCGAGGCCCAGCCACCACCAGCCUCCAGUUCCGAUGUCCUGUCACCGUCUCACCCCAGCCUUCACCAUCACCGCCGGCCUCCAGAGGGUCUCAGCCAUCGCCGCCGCCCGCCCAAGGUGACCAGCCUUCGCCGUCGCCUCCAGAGGGUCCCAGCCUUCGCCGUCAUCGCCUGCCUCCAGAGGGUCUCAGCCUUCGCCGUCCGCCCGAGGUCCCCAGCUCCACCUGGGUCCAAGCUCCUGGUCGUCCAUCCGAGGCCUCCCAUCUCCACACCUGCCCAGGCUCCGACCUGUCACCUGGAUCAGCCCGCUCCCCGUGGUGGGGGACGGCCACCACGUCAAGGGGGGGCGGGUUCAGCCCUCAGGAGAUCUUGGUCAACCCGGUGUUCCCUGCCAGUCUGUACCGUAAUAGCUUCUUUAAUGUUACAAGAAACACAGACACUGAGAGCAGCAGUUCCAUGGAGCAAUGUGUGAUGUGGCGUCAUGUCGAGGGUUGGUGCAGAGCCUGACCCAGUGGACACCGGAUGUCCUGACGGGGGGAAAAAAGAGGUCUUCAGUGGAAUGGGGAGCAUUGUGCUCGCUUUCUUUUGGACUCUUUAUUUAUUUGGACGCUUAUUUGGAUGCUACUCAUCAGACCUCAAAUGCACAUGAAAUCCUGCAGAAGACUUUCCUCGAUCUGGAUGGGACAAUUCCUGAAAAACAAGCAGCUGGUGGGAGGGAGUUUGAAAAAGACUGAAAAUCAUGCAAGUUUUUCAGUUCACAAAAUGUUCGUAUCAAACUGUUAACAUAAGCCAUCACAUUAAUAAGCAAACAAUGCACCAACUACACACUGAUGGUAUGAAUAAAAAACACAUCUGGCUUUUGCUUUCUCUGUGCACAAGCUAUGUCAGUUUGAGGUCAUACUUUUGUCAUAGUUCUGUAAACAUACAGGGAUCCAAACUUCAAGUACUGGUGUUUAUUUACACAUAUCAAAACAAAACAAGUGUUUUUUUCCAAGACAAAACACAAAAUAGUAAUUUCACUGAGAAAAACAUGCAUUUCACUGGAUUUUGACUCUUUAUACUUG